AUGAGGCAACCUUUGGUCCUUAUCAGUCUGUCGCUGGCAGCGCUCCUCUCUGCCAACGUACUGGCUCAAGACCAGGUGGAGAUCCAGUUCCAGACAGACCCGGUGCUGACUCAAACUGGUGUUGAAAUAGUGUUCACAGUGCUCACGGUGUCCGAGGUCCUGUCCAUGACAUGGCAGUACCAAGGAGGAGUCACUCUGGGUCUGUGGGCAGGAGGAGCUGCAGUGGUGAACCCGGUGGCCCAGUUCCAGGGCCGGGUCACCAUCACCGCCACCCAGCUCAGGAUUGGAGGCGCCCAGCUCCGAGAUGCGGGAAACUACACGGUGGAGGUGAUCCCCUCUGCUACCACCGGCCUGGCUGCUAACUCUCGAUCAAUACAGCUGAGAGUGUUUGACGCCGUGGCCGGGGUGAGUCUGUUUGUUCCUUCAGUGGCGGUCGAGGGAGGAAACGUGUCUCUGAGUUGCACAUGGACUGCCGGGACGGAAAUUACAGUCCAGUGGGGCAAAGGAGGCUCAGCCAUCAUCGCUGACUCCAGGAUCACCAUCUCACGUGGCUCUCUGGUCAUUAACCCAGCCAGACGGAGCGAUGCCGGGGAGUACACAUGCACCGCCAGCAACCCCGUCAGCGCUCAAACCGCCACGCAGAGCCUCACUGUCUACUAUGGCCCCGACACCCCUGUGCUGACCGUGGACACCCCGAAAGAGUGUGUCGGGGGAGGGGACGUGUUGGUGGGACAGACGGUGCGCCUCACCUGUUUAUCCGACUCGCUGCCCCCUGCCCUCUUCUCAUGGCAACGCGACGGGCAGCCUAUCGCAUCUGGCCAGCCGGACAGCGGGGUGCUCAGCGUCCAGACUUUCUCCACCAAUGAGAGCGGCCGGUACGUCUGCACAGCCAGGAACGCCAUCACUGGAGGCACGUCCGAGCAGAGCACAGACUUGGCCAUCGUGGACAUAUGUUUAAACGUAGGAGAAGUGGUGGGGAUUGUGAUUGGCUGUUUGCUGUUCAUCAUAAUCCUCGUGCUGCUCAUCCUGCUCAUUUUCUGUCUCGUUCGAAGGAGAAGGAGGCAGCUAGACGAAGGGCAGACAGUGCUCGUUCAGAAGACCAACCCAAAUCAAAGGCCUACACCUCCAGAUCCACAACCUAAUGGUUUAAGGAAUUUGGACAGCGGUCCCAAUCCCCCUCUCUAUCAAAUGAACACACUCGCACGCCGCCCCGACCGCUUAUACACAGCCGCACGCGAAAGUCGUGGCAACCUACAAACCUUACCACUGGACGGCCUGGAUAACGCAGACACACGCCAACAGAAUGGCCAUGCGCACGCAAAUAGACUCCUACACAAUGCUAUUCAGAACACCAAUUCAUACCCACACAAUGGCAUUGACAACCAGGCUUUCACACGCACUGAUGCUCAGAAUGCAAACACACAGCAGCAAAACCCCAACAUUCUCAUACAGACCGGCGCGGCCCAGGGCAGCGGCCAGCCACCGGCGGUCCACGUUAGUCUCAACACUCUGCCACAAACCAGCCAGCCAAACAAUAAUGCACAAAUGCCCACCAUUCAUGUCAAUCUUAACUCAUUUCCAACCAAUGACCAACAGACUCAGCAAGAGAGCUCAUUUCCUCUUAAUAAUACAGCCAACAAUAAUGCUUCACAAAUGCAACGCAGCCUGAUGCAUGCAGAGCAGUCAAAUCCCAGAAUGCAAAGUGGCCAGUCCUAUCCCGGUGAUCCCUGGCUGAAUGGUCACAUAAACACAGAUCACACAGAUCAGCCGAGACUGAUCCCAACUGGAUACACACAUUAUAACGGCAAUAACACUUCUCAGCGAAACGCCAGGACACAGACGUACCAGCAGGAUCCAGAGCCGCAGAGAAGGUCUGACAGGAACUCAGGAAGACAUGAGGAAGGUCCGAACGCUUCCCCUCGACAGAUGCCUUGGGACCGCCUCAGAGGGACACCAGCGUAUCCCAGUGGCACAUUUCAGAGAGGACAGACAUCAACUGAAUACGUCUCUGACGCCACAGACUACACGACUCGUCCUCCCAUACGAGAGCCAAGAACAACAAACAGAUCCCAGCCUCAAACUCGGAGCCAAACUGCUUCCCGCAGCCGAACUCCUCUCAGACAAGACGCAUCAUCAGUGGACAGGCAGACACGGAGCCAUUCAGCUGAUCUUCGACGUCCAAACGCUACCAGUGUAACACAGCUUGAGCCCUCGCGCCACACACAGAGGAGCCACCGCACACAAAGGGAAAGUGCUCAGCAAGACAUCAGAGGUCCGCCUGGUAGCCAGUCUGCCCCCAGGCAGGAAGCCACUCACAGCAAUAACCCCCAGGCACUGCCUCUCAUGAGCCAGCAGGCCUCUGUAGGCCACUCCGCAGCGUCACAAAGACCCACAACACAACAGGGAAUGACUGCACCGCAAGGUGCAGAUACCAGAGCUUUGGCUGAUCCUAAUCACCUUCAACAGGCACACAUGGCCCCACAACACAGAGCAACAACGAUCCCAACAUCACCACAAGGCCUGGGCAAACAGACACAGCCUGUCAUACAUGGUGCCAGUCAACCUCGCCAAGGAGGCACUGCUCCAGUCCCAUACCCUUCUGCUCAGCCUAAUCCCAGUAACCUCACCCAGGCUGCACUUAAAGCCCACACUCGAAGCGCUCAGACAUUUGAAAAUCGGAAACAACAGACCCAGGCUGCCUUGCUUCAUCCUGGACCGCAAGCUCGAGCUCCAGCUGCUGGGGCUCAGCACCCACCGACUCCUCCACCUGUUAUCCCCCUCACACAGUUUCAAAACCUUCCUAAAGACCGCACCCAGCACAAAUCGCCAGCUCGAGGCCCACAGCCCCCCAGACCCCCGGUUAACAUGCCAGUGGCUCAGAGACACCUCCAGGUACAACAGCGGCCUGCUGCCCAGCGCAACACUGCCAACCAUCAGCACCAUCCUGGAAGACAUGCCCAUGUCCACGCCCGAGGCCACGGGCACCCGUCCCACUUCAUACACCCAACGCAGCAACAGGCUCACAGAGGGAGACCAAGAUGAUGACAGAUGUCAGCAGACUACACUCUACAACUGUCCCGCAUGCACUGACACAAACAAACAGCUGACAGACAUGAUCCAAUAUACCACCAAGCAAGACUGACUGCACAGACUUCUGCACUCUAAAAAGCUGUCAUACUCUGGUAUCUCAGUCCUAAUGUCAGGUUUUUCUAAAAGACAUGAACAUGUCUCCCAUGGGGAUGAUAAAAUGUAAGUUUAAAUGCAGUUCUCUUUUACUGAAAAGAAACCUCAAAUGAUCUCAAAGAAGGAGGCUCGAUCUGCCCUUUUAAAAUUUUUGCUACAUCAAACACACUAAAUGAUACUCAAGCUAAUAUUCUCCACCAACUGAAAACCCUCUUGAAACCCACAUUUUCCCAGAGUCGUGUGUUGUUCUGUUUUCACUUCUGAAGCACAGUCAUGUAUCAAAGUUUGCCAAGAGCCUGCUUUAAAAAAAAAAACAGACAAGUUCAAUGAUCCAUGGCUCCUGACCAAGAUCACAUCCUCUCAUCCAUUCAUCAGCAGAACCAAACAACACUGCCUUGAUAAAAUGCGCUUCAGGUACUUGCAUGAAUAUCCGUGACUACCUGAGCCGGCAGUGCCAGAUAGUAAAUGAGGAGGGACUGUGCACAAGAUGGACUCGGCCGCAGGCAAGAGUGACAGUCACGAAAGAAGAAAUUAGAGGGCCGGGGUGGUCUUGAUGUGCUCGGGGCUAUUUAUUUUGCACCUUCUGUUUACAGAUGCCUCUUAUGACACUUCUCAAUUAAGGGGAUUCGCCUCAGUGCUGCUCGGAAAUAAUGCUCAGCUAACUAUGAGGGGGAUCCCUCCAAUGGUUGGGUGCUUAUUAAUUAAAUGGUUUUAUGUGACUUAAAUGACUUGGAAAAUAAUCACACCCGUGCAUGAAUGAGGUCAGUACAAAGACCUGAGCUGCCACGCUUUCUGCUGAAAAAGCACUGUGUAACAAUUUACUGGGUCGCAGACUGCACAUUAAGAAUGUGGGAAUGUCAUUAUUACUUUCACUGAUUAUGUAUUUAUUGAUUUAUAAUGUUUCUGUUUUGUUUUUUUUGUAAACUCAGGGCUAUGCUUGUGGAUUGUUGAUUUCGGUUGCACUAACUGACACCAGUUGCUGUUAUUUUAAAUGUAAAUCUGAUUAUUUUUAUAGUAAAAACCGUGAUAUAUCACAUUCCCUCUCAGCCGUAGAGCUGCAGUGCUGUCCAGAAAUGAAUAAACGCACAUCAGUGAGCCACACAGUCGCUUUGGCUCAUUACCAAAAAAAAUUGGGCACUGAAGUUUGAGUAAAUCACAGAUAUACUGUCCUGCUGUAAAUGCUCCCGCUGAGUGCCAAAUGUGUAUUAAUCUCCUGCUGAAAGUCGUCCCCGACAGAAGCGCUGCUCACUGCUGUGUGGGUAACAUUUCUUUAAAGCUACACACCCAGCAGUUUCUAGAAAUGACUUAGCCUCUUUUGAAAGCACAAUAUUUGUGUUUGCCUGUUUUUUUGAAGAUUUACAUUUUCAUUAGAAACAAAUAGACUCAAGGAUCAGCGGCUCAAAUGGGCUCGAGGAUUCCCAACCAUCCCCCAUCCCUUCCAUCUUUCUGUAGGACUUACUGACAAUAAGAAAACCAAAGACAGAAUAAUCUCAACUCCAUCCUUUAUGAAUAAACUCAAUUUGACUCGCCCCACAUGAAGAAAUAUACAAGACAUGUGGCGACUCCAACCAAACAUCUGGAGCAUUAGGGGUUUACUUUACUGCCUCGAAAAAUUGUUCUGUUUCCGGAUAAUUAAUGCGUAUAAAUGGCUCAUACAGAUGCUCCGUGUGAGAUGCUUUAAGUACAGUAUUUAUGUUUGCUCCCUGAGAGGGAUUUGUGCAUCAUUUGGGGUUUAUAAACUGUUUUUAAGAUUUAUCAAUGACAAUAAAGAUGUUUGGUAUGA